GCAAAACCACACUCUCCUCGUCUUCCUCCUCUCUCCCUCUGGCGCACUUCUCUUUCGGUGCUCCUCCGCCCUUUCCCUUCGUCCCCACCGCAGAUCCACACCACCGCCCCUCACCGCCUCAGAUGGCUGCUCCGUCGGGGAAUCCUAACCCCGCCCCCAGCGCCCCCUUCGAGCUCAGCAAGCUCUUCCGGCCCCCGCCAAACCCUAACCACCCCACCACCGCCCCGACCCCCACCGGCGUCUUCCCGGGCGCGCCUGGCCCCGCUACCGGGCCACCGCCCACAGGGCCCUACUCCUACCCGCCGGCCACCCCGCCCUUCCACCGCGGCCCCUACCUCCACUAUCCCAACGACCCCCACGGCUUCCACCACCCCGCCGCGGCCGCCUUCGCCAACGCUAACCCCACCGCAAACCCUAUCCCGAACCCAGGCCCGGGCCCGAACCCGGGGGAGCGGCUCAUGCAGCUUCUCGGCAACACCGCGCCCACCCACCUGGAGUCGGCGUCGUCCAUGCCGCCCUCGUCAGAGUUCUCCGCGGCCCCUGCGGCGGCGCUUCCGGCGUCAUCGUCCGCGCCACCGGCGAGGAUGCCCAGCAGCAAGAUGCCGCGCGGGAGGCUGCUGGGGCCCGGGGACCGAGUGGUGCACGACGUGGACUCGCGGUUGCCAGGGGAGGCAGAGCCGCCACAGCUGGAGGUGACGCCCAUAACCAAGUACACCUCGGACCCCGGGCUGGUCCUCGGCAGGCAGAUCGCCGUGAACAGGACGUACAUCGUGUACGGUCUUAAGCUAGGCAACAUCCGUGUGCUCAACAUUAACACUGCACUCCGCUCCCUCCUUCGGGGGCACACACAGAGGGUGACGGACAUGGCCUUUUUUGCAGAAGAUGUCCAUCGUCUAGCAAGUGCAAGUGUAGAUGGGCGGGUAUAUGUUUGGAAGAUUGAUGAGGGACCUGGUGAGGAAAAUAAAUCUCAAAUUUCAGGAAAGAUUGAAACCACCAUCCAGAUUAUAGGAGAUGCUGAAACCUAUCAUCCGAGAAUAUGUUGGCACUCUCAUAAGCAAGAGAUUCUGUAUGUUGGAAUUGGGAAUUGCAUCUUAAGAAUAGACAUAACAAAAGUGGGAAGAGGAAGAGACUUCAAUACGGAAGAGCCUCUAAGAUGCCCACUUGACAAGCUCUUUGAUGGUGUGAGCAUAGUUGGUAAACAUGGUGGAGACAUUACUGAUCUCUCCAUAUCUCAAUGGAUGACUACACGUCUGGCUUCAGCAUCAAAAGAUGGCACGGUAAAGGUCUGGGAUGAUCGCAGGGUAGCCCCUCUGUCUGUGCUGAAACCACAUGAUGGUCAAGCUGUUUACUCAGUUUCUUUUGUUACAGCACCUGAACGACCAAAUCAUAUAAAUCUUGUUACAGCAGGCCCACUCAACCGAGAAGUAAAAAUUUGGGCCUCCACUAAUGAAGAAGGCUGGUUGUUGCCAAGUGACUCGGAAACAUGGAAAUGCACUCAAACGUUGGAACUUGUAAGUUCUCUGGAACAUAGGUCUGAUGACGCAUUUUUCAACCAAGUUGCAGUGUUGCCACAGGAUAGCCUUAUAUUGAUUGCAAAUGCCAAAAAGAAUGCUAUUUAUGCUGUGCAUGUUGAGUAUGGUCAAGAUCCCGCCUCAACUCGGUUGGACUACAUAGCAGAUUUUACUGUUACUAUGCCCAUUUUGAGUCUCACGGGAACUCAUGAUGGUGAACAAGUUGUUCAAGUUUAUUGUGUCCAGACAAUGGCUAUCCAGCAGUAUGGGUUGGGGUUAUCGCUCUGUCUUCCUCCUACAGCUGAUAACACUGGAUCUGGAAGAGACCCAGCUAUUUCUCAUUUAAACGAGAGGCUUCCAGAAAUGGCAGCACUGGAGCCUUCCACAGCAACUACUCCCGUUGAAUCUUCUAUUGCUGUUUCAACUAAGCCAUCAAAUGACAGUCAGGGCACAGAAGCUGAUUCUCCUCCCCAUGUUCCAUCUGCAGCUCUUACAUCAAAGAUGAAUCAGGCUGGAUCUCCAGUUGUCUUAAGUAGACAUCCUUCAGUGGGUGAUCGCGAUCGUGAUGCGGACCAAUCACCUUUUGGGAGAAAGGAUAGCUUCGGAAAGGAAGAGCUGAGAGGCGUCCAGAGUGAUGGUGUGGUCACUUCUGCAGAAAUGGUUGCAAGUGGCACCUCACAGAAUGUGGAAGCAGAGGCAAAACAUGUAGAUGCGAGAAAAUCAAAUCAUACUGUUAAACUUGAGGCUGGUAAGGAGACCCAUAUUCUUCCUGAGAAAAAAGAGAGACCUGUCAUGCCUUCAGAGCAAACUGUAGAUGCUGUCAGUGAACGCACAAUAACUGACAAGUUCAGUGUAGAAGAUUCACAGCCUCUGCCUGGUAGAUCAGUACCAACUCUUGGAUUUUACCAUUACCCCUCAACUACCAAUGAGGGGAAAAUCAUACAUCCUCAAGUAUCUGGGCAACUAUCUCCUUCUACAAGCACAUUCAACUCUGCUGAUUCCUCGCAAGAACCUCAUAUCAAUGAGAACCCUCCUAUUGAUCCCUCCCUGCAAACUGCAGCUAUUCAAGGAACACUGCAACAGAUCCUUUUGAUUUUAUCCCUGCAGGAUGUGUUCCGCUCUAGCUUUGAGUCGUCAGUUAUUCCAGCGUUUGAACAAUCAUGCAAGAAAAUAUUUGAGCAAGUAGAUGGUUCAUUUCAGAAAGGCAUGUCCGAGCACAGUGCUGCUAUCCAGCAGCACGUCCUGACAGCACAUACUCCAUUAGCACAAACUCUAAGGGAAGCAAUCAAUUCAGCAUCGUCAAUGAACCAGGGUGCUACAUCAGAAUUACUUGAUGGCCAGCGCAAGCUUUUGUCACUAUUUGCAUCAGCGAGCCCAACAUCACAGAGCACAGGUGCUUUGCAGCCCAGUAACGGACCAGUGACGAAUCUCCCUGAGGUUGAUGCUCCAUUGGAUCCUAUGAAAGAACUAGGUCGACUGAUUGCGGAGCGGAAAUUUGAUGAGGCAUUUACAAUGGCUCUUCAAAGAAGCGAUGUCUCUAUAGUUUCUUGGUUGUGUUCUCAGGUUGAUUUGCAAGUAUUGUGUGGGACAGUACCCAUCCCUCUGAACCAAGGGGUUCUCCUAGCCCUUUUCCAGCAGCUAGCGUGUGACAUUGCCAACGACACGUCCCGGAAGCUUCAAUGGAUGACAAAUGUUGCUGUGGCAAUACAACCAACAGAUCCGAUAAUCGCUAUGCAUGUAAGGCCAAUAUUCGAACAAGUCUAUGGUGUCCUGGCACACCAGCGGUCGCUGCCAACAACCAAUGCAUCUGAUGCAACAAAAAUCAGCUUAAUCAUGCAUGUGAUCACCUCAGUGCUGAUGAGCCACAAGUGAUGAUGUAAGGUGCAUCCUGACACUGCAUCUUUGUACAUAGAAAAUUUUGCAUAGCAAAUGAAACUGAAAGAAAGGGAGUGACACGUUAUGCCCGACAAAACCAGGAGGCUAGUUAGCAGUGUGGAAGGUAUCUUCCGGUGUAAAUUGGUCAUGUGUGACAUGGUACUGAGUUGCAUUUGCAUGUCGGGUUCAUUACCUUGCAUGUUGGGUUACCAGCGCAAUUGCUAUAUCACCUGUAGCUUCAUAACUACAUUUCGAGUUCUGGCUGUGGAUGGAGAUCGUGUGGA